AUGUCAUCUUCCAAUGGGACUGGGCCCAGUCCCCUGACCUUCAUCCUCACCGGCAUUCCCGGUCUGCCAGUGAGCAGCUAUUGGAUGGCAUUGCCUCUCUGCUGCCUGUACCUCCUCAUGCUCCUGGGGAACUGCACCUUGCUCUGGAUGAUAAAGACAGACCACAGCCUCCAUACACCCAUGUACUACCUGCUCUCCAUGCUGUCCAUGGCAGACCUGGGCUUGUCUCUCUCCACCCUGCCCACCAUGCUGGCCAUUUUCUGGUCUGAGUCCACCUCCCUCUGUUUCAAGACAUGUGUUGUGCAGAUGUACUUCAUCCACUGCUUCUCUGCCAUCGAGUCGGGGGUCCUGGUGGCCAUGGCUUUUGACCGCUUUGUGGUUAUUUGCUACCCUUUGCUCUACGCCUCUGUCCUGACAAGCUCCCUGAUAGUGAAGACGGGGGUGAUCUUCAUGCGGGGCAUCUGCGUGGUGCUCCCUGUUGCUGUCCUGAUUCAGAAGAUGCCUUUCUGCAGGUCCCGUGUCCUGUCUCACUCCUUCUGCCUGCACCAGGACAUGCUGAGGCUGGUGUGUGGGGAUGUCCGGGUCAACAGCUUGUAUGGGCUGACUGCGGUGAUACUGACCAAGGGCCUGGACUCCCUGACCAUCCUCCUGUCUUAUGUGAUGAUCCUCAGGGCUAUCCUGAGCAUUGUCUCCCGGGAAGCACGAGCCAAAGCCUUUAGCGCGUGCAUCUCCCACCUCCGUGCUGUCCUAAUCUUCUACAUCCCGCUCAUUGGCUUGUCCAUCAACCACAGGUUUGGGAAGCACCUUCCCCACCUCAUUCACACCCUCCUGGCUGAUGCUUAUCUCCUGGUGUCUCCUGUCCUGAACCCACUCAUCUACAGCUGGAAAACCAAGCAGAUCUGCAGGAGGAUCUUUGUCCUGCUCUGCCGGAGAGGGACCCAGCAGCGGAUCUAG